AUGACGAGCAACAGCAGUGGCCGUACGUGUAGCGAUCUGGAGCUUACAGAAUUUGUUGGAAUUCGUGUAACUGGCAAUAUUCUGUUAAGUUAUUCUCGUUAGGCGAGCUACGAAUUGCUCAACCGCAAGUAUCGGAAGAAUCAUAAGGAACUCGAAAAAGCAAACGCUAAGUUUGCGCGUUCCCUCGAAACAUUGGAUGCCUUGGAUGGCUUCGGAAAAGCUACGACUUUCAUAGAUAAUGUUUUGGACGAGGUUUGCGGUUUUAAGAGAAAGGUACACUGAUGCUUGGUAGUCUUAUUUUAGGCCGAUGCAUAUUUUUCAGAAGAAAUGGAACUGGUGGCAGCUUGCAAAAGGCGCAUAGAACACUUAAAAGAAGUGUCCGAGCUGGAAGGGAAGAGCCUUUGCGGGCCUCUCUCAGUUGGUAAUUUUAAACACUUUGCACGCCGCACAGGGCGUUGCGUCUUUUUUCGCUGCUUCUAUGGCUUCGUCUCAGUAAGGUACGGUGUGAGUGCAACAACGGAUUUUCAGCCAUUUCUUUCUUGCCCUUGAUGCGUGAUUAGGAGACACACGAAUGCUUAGCCUUAGCAUUGUGCUAGUCUGCGUGUAACUGACGAGGAAACAAGGAAACCUGCCCGUUUUUUCGUCUGCUUCAAUGGAUAGGGUGGGAAGACUCACAUACCUCAUAGAUAUUAGCGCGUUGUGCACUUUCUUGAUAGCAUCAGUGGCCAAACCGACAUGCUGAUAUACCGCAAGUCCGACGUUAACGCAACCCAGAAAUACUAGAUAGGAGAAUUGUUUUCACCUCUAACCUUGACUUCGUAUCUUUCAUCCAACUUUUGCUUUCGGAGGCCUCUCCUAUCUUAGCCCCUUCUUCCAUCUUCAUCGCAUUUAUCCUAGCACUACUCAUCGGAUGUUUUAAAUUAUGGCCUGUAACAGCUGAAUAUGUUAAGGGACUCCUUCGUUCGCACCAGUCAUCACCCAUAGUAUCCGUUCGGACUGAUGAUGAUGAUAAGACUGCCUUCAUACACGAUCGGCUUGUUUCUCACAGUUUUUGUUUUUUUUUCAGAGUGCUAUACAGAUUCCCUGAAGAGUAUUGACACAUCGAGCUCUGUUUGCGUCAAAAGUAGUAGCGUGAACUCGUAGGAUAGAUGACCGCACAUAGGCCAGCCUAGGUUGUAUCUGUAUUGUGUUUGAAAGAUCAGCCCUGAGAGUGCAUAUCAUUAUUUCCCAUUGGUUACUAAAAACCUCACCAGAUAUAACGGCAUUGCGAAUUCCGUGGCAGUUCUCUGUCGCCACUCAUCUCCACCUAUACUAACUUUUUUUUCCAACCGUUAUGGUACUGUGAUAGGUUGCAUUUCCGUGAUUAUGACGUAAACCUUCGACCCCUCUAGACAAUCCCCUACGUUCAGCCGGAAUGGCUGGUAGUGUGAUCUUGGAAAACCCCGGAAAUGGCCGUGAAACACGAGAUGAAGUCUCAAGGCUUAAUCCUCCUACACUGAAUUCACAAUUACAACCGCUUACCCCUCCCGAGCAGCGCGUGUUUAUUGCGCGCUUUCACCGCCUUCUCGCUGAUCACCUGUUCUGUCUGGGACACUACAGAUCCGCUUUGAGUUUGGCCAAGUCGUCAUCAGCCGGAUGCCUUUGUCUUACCGACAUAUACGAAGAGGCCAUUGCUAUCAGUGAAGCACUUCUUCGAGGUGACACGGGUCCCGCUCACCAAUGGAUUCAAGAAGCCAACUAUAAGUUGAAAAAAUCGGAGGCAAGCCUUAUUAAAUUCAACAUGUCCUUAAUUCUCACCUGCUACCAACUAUCAUCAACUGCUUGUGGGAUUUCUUGACCUCAGAUAAUUGUUCUGUGCCCCCGUGGCAACUUUUAUGUUUUGUAUUCAGUCAACUUUACUCACCGCCCCUUUCCUUUUUUAGUGUUUCUUUGAAUUCGACAUCCGGGUCUUUGAGUUGUACUUACUAGUCAAGUCAGGAAAACGGCUGGAAGCCAUCCAGUGAGUGACUUUUUGCGCCCUUGUAGUGCUACUUAGGCGGCUCGACACUGGAGCCCCUUAUUUCCGUACGGCUAACAUCGUGUUCUGUUUAUCGUACUUUAAAUGACUUGCCAUGCUUCAGUGCAUCGUCGGCUAGUGUGUUCCAGAAUUUUGCCAUCUUCGCCAAAUCUCUAUCCUGAAUCAAACGAUCUGAAUCUGUUUUCUUCAGACUCAAAUAACUCUUUGCUGUAUGUGCUCGGUUUAUUGGGCAUCAUAAAGUGCGAUCUCCGUUCACUGCAUAGGCCGUAUGUUAACACCGUAAUAGCGUGGACGCUUUUCAUUUCGAAGCUUGACUUUGCGCGUUCAUGUCGAGUUUUGCUGUUGCUGUCUCCACUACUUAGUUGUGCUCACUGGUGUCAAACUUAUCGAGACCUCGUUUCUUUACAACACGGCUAUACCUUUAAUUAGAGUUUGUAAUCUCUCAUUACGGACGUGAGGGACAGUUCAGGUUUUGUUUUUUUUUCGUACGACUCGGAUAACUCGCGUCUCGCUAACGGACGUCACAUUGGGAUCUCUGGACAUUUUGCUUAUAUCACCUAGCGUCUACUUUUGAGAGCGCCUGUGGAAUUGUUUUAUGCUAUUGGCCACCGGUCAUAGCCAUUUUUUGGGCUACACAGUCCUCAUAUCCCAUACAAACCCACCUUCCUCUUUUUUGCUCGUGCAUUGAAUUUUCUGCCUUAGCCUACGAUCCGUCCCUUGUGAGCUUACGACAUCAGUAAGUCCGCUCUGAUUUGAUGUUUCUUAUUCAUAGACACGCCCGCAAGUACCUCGCUGGUGGCCUAAAACCCGAUGACUAUCAGGCGACCAAACUGGGACAAGCGAUGCUGCUUUUGGCAAUGAGGACACCCGAAGAAGUUGAGCUAAAAGCGGUGCGUAGUUUGCCCUUCUCAUUAAUAUUCUCGGAAUUUCCCAUGCUGAGGGUUCAACAACCUCUCCGUAGCGGGAUACCUGUGUGCGAAGACAAUUCCGGACCUCAUAGUUUUUCGAUAAAACCACGCAUAAUGUCCCUUAUUUAUGGUGUCAUUCUUGUACGCUGUAGUUCCUUGCUUCCCUGUCGUUUGUUUAGAUCACAAUUCGGGUGUCUUUCUUAUCUGUAUUCAGAAACGUUGUAGGACACGCCCAGUGCAGCUUCAGUUUUGCUUGAAUUUUUGGCUCAAUUUCAAUCUUUUUAAAAUUCAAGAGAACCUUAAAACUCUUGUGUAAUAUCCUAGACGUUAUAGUGUCGGGGCCCGCGAAUAUGACUUUGUUAUUCUCUUCUUUACACAGGCCCAAAAUGAACUCAAUGAACAGUGGAUAUGCAAGCGUUUCCACGCGGCUUUCACAAAUUUCUACUCAUUCUCGUCUUUGACCCCCUUCUCACUUGCAGUGAAGGCGGGAAUUACUGCAAUCAAAACUCAGUAUGCUCUUCUAACUAUAUGUCAUUCUUUCGACAUCUUUUUUUUAGUACCUAGCUGGGGUUUUGCAGUUUUACCAUUUUGAGAACAUGCUAAUCCUUUUCUCCAGAAUGGUAUUGACUGCGUGCAUCAAGAUUCCUACUCAUCGACCUGACAUUGGUAACUUAGGGCUGGUUUUCUGUGGACAAACUCAAUACGAGUUCAUCUUUGGUUAGCCUAUUCCGUCGCUGCCCAAGUAGUCGUGGUCCGAAUACUAUUCAUUGUAAUAAACAGAUGUUCCAUCGGGUUGGGGUUCACAAAACCAUUAUCUACACGCAGACAGACUGUCCCGAACCCCCCCCCCCCCCAGAACUCUCCGAAGAACGCCUUCCUGCCGCAGAUAGCCCACUUUCAUUGUAUUAUUCCAACAUUUAAAUAGGUAAAAUUUUAUUGGCAAGGUGUAGUAGCUUAAAGAGACCAUAAGACCGAAAGGCUGGAUUUGAUGGCCUUUAAAUCAUAGUAACUACUGUUCUGCCCCUCAUCCCAUCACUAGUCCGAUGCUUCCUGCGUUUAUUCAGCCAGUCUUUAUGUAAUAUGUUUGUAUUUGCUAACCUUGAAGUCUGCCCAAAAUAGGCCUUUUGAGGCACUGGGUGGGCCUACAUCAUCCUCAUCCUGUUGGCGUGUUAUUCUGAUUCCUGUAGCUGAUGGUGCACAUAAAUCACCUGUAUUCUAACGUUUAUGCGUACGUGAAAUGACGUCCGCCCGUGGAUAUUAGCUGCUCAGGUUUUAGAAUAGACCGUUUCUGGGGCUUCUUUUAGGUUACUAAACGAGUCUUGGCCUCCUCCGCAUAUUCGAAAAAAGUGAGGUAUGAUGAAUUUAAUGGCGUGGUUUUUGCGACUUUUGACGACCGAGUAUUCUACCUUCAAUUAAAAUUGUGAGAGCCAACACCGGUCUGGCCAAGUCAUUGACAACUCCACUUUAUUGAGUUCUCUUACACUUGUCCAUGGGCAGUUUUCGUCACUUCAAAACUACCCUUUCAUGCUUGCCAUCUCACUGCGUCCGAAUCAAUGCCUGCUAGUUCGGCUUUAACGACUUUCGAAACCUCACUCCACCGUCUAAAGAACUAUAUACCAUUUUUAUGAGACAAAGUCUGAAAACCACCCAACAUGCCCCUGUUUACCUGGAAGUUUCCUGGAAAACCGUUCUUCUACCCUAAGACAAUGGUACACUUAUAACUUAAAGCUCCCCAGCAAGCCAAGCGCGGGUUAAAUCUCCAUUCCCAUGCCUUUGCCAUUAAUAAACAUUAAUGUCGUUUGGUAGCUUCCUUUCAUAGUGCGUAUACGGCUGGUGAAUACUGGUACGGCCAUUAGUGAAGGUUUGCUUCGCAAUAAACAGGCCUGCAUCUGGCGAACAAUCAGUCUUGGCCACCAGCGACAAUGCUGCAGGAUUCGGGGGUUUAGCUCUGACAACGUGACUAUCCUGUAAGAUGUCUCAGAGUCAUAUGGCCUCAUUCUAAAUAAUUUUCUGUUGCCACUGACUUACAGGCUGGACCUUCACAUAAAGCCCGAGUUGAGGUCGUCGGAAAUGAACUUGUAUCAAGCCCCCAAAACUAGGAAAAUGCCGCUUCCUCGACCCGUGCCACGUCUGCAGGGACAGAUGCGCCCGGUCCUCUGCCAGUGGGCCGGACGGUAGGUAUUAGAGCAAACUUCUUCGGAAGGAGAGACCUGGCGCGUGUUGCAUGUUUGGAUGUGGGAAUUCAUCGCACAUUGACAUUGGCGUGUUACGAUAUGGAUGCCGCUGCUUCUCCUAGAUGUGAUUGCCAGAUAAUGGCCAACGUGCAUUAGUGUUCCAUGAACGAACGACUGCUUCUGUCCCUACCACAGUAGUUUCAUUGAGAACUGACAUGGUGUCCCAGUCGCACCAAAUGGUCAGAUCAAAGUAUUACCUAAACGCAGGCAGCCUUUGUCACCGAGGUUUGCAUUUAUAAGUGUUCGUGGUGUCGUCGGUGUCAGAGUUUUUGCGACUUACACCCUAGCGCUACAUGCUGUUGACACACAGAAGGGGCCUUUCUGCAAGCAACUUCAUGCCGUAGUCCGUACAUCCUACUGUUUGGUUUCGUACUUGUGGGCGAUUUAGAUAUUAGGGCGGGGGGAUGCGAUGUAUCCACGUGGGUAUUACUUGCCCACAGCAUCGUGGGAAGUUGUUACGCAGCUGGUGAAGUUUUUGUCGAGUUCUUGGCGCUGGAACGACAGCCUAAUCAUUUGGGAUAUUAGCUUUGGCAUCUCAGGGGACAACUAGUCAGCAAGCAUUUCAGUGAUGGUUCUACUCUAAGUCCGGUGAACCAUGUGUUUGCAUGGGCACGCCGCGUCGGCUGAGUACUAGCCAUUGCGCCAUACGUGGAGUCGGCAGAGAGGACGACACUCUUGUGGGGGCCUGGAUACGAUUCGGACUACUUGUAGCCAAAAGAGCGCGACUUGCGCCGAAUAAUUAUGUCGGCUGUCUUAAGGACCUAACUGAUGACAUGGACUUUUGUCUGACUGCAGCAACUUUGCCACACCAACGUGGGGAAAACCUGCCACCGAGGUGUCUAGUUUAAAACCAACUGGGUCUAACUGGAAUAACAUUCAAAUCUCAGGAGGUGCUAGACCUCACCAGGCGUCGCUGUAAAGGUUGAAUCUCUAGUAAGACAACCCAAAUGCCUGAUAGGACAAAGGCCGCCCACCCUAAUGAUUGUGCGAACUUCAUGGACUCGUGACAGCUCGCGCGCUGUACGAUGCCACAACGAGUUUUGGGAUUAAACUGACUUACGUCUAGAGUUCACUUCAGAUAAAGAAAAUGUCAGGCUUAAUCCGGUUUUGAGAAUGGGCCAGCUCUAUAAUCAUAUCGCCUCCGAUAUGUUAGACGAUUGGUGUGUGUUCACGUAGUCAGCGUUGGACACGACGCUCGUGCCCAGCUUAUUAACCCGGGGCGCUCGGUCUCCUUAGGUGAAACCCAAUUUAAAGACGCCCCUACGUAGGAACAUAGCUGUGACUGCAGUCCACUGUCUAUGGAGUGCGUCCUUGUUGCGGUAGUGCAGCCAAACUACAUCGAGGUACUCCUCGAGAGCUACCCUCCAGCAGACAUUCGCGAGUGCUGCUCGACAGUAACAACCGACCUGUUUACACGGUCUCUUAAACAACACUGGAGAAUCAGGGACCGUCUCCACAGACCAAAUCGACGACGCCUUUGAGCCGGUCGCUGAGAAGGGAUACAGACUGCUAUCAUUGCACGGGUCUUGAGGUUGUCGGUGAAGCCUUCCCAGCCGUCCUCCUCAGUCGCUCCCGCCCGCACAACGACGAUCUAACAAGGAAGAAUUAGUAUGGCUUUCUAUCGGCCGGAUGUCAUAUUUGCACUGUUUGUUUCGCUGAACGCCGGAAUACCGCCACUGCCACCAACGGCCUACUAGUUUAUUCGGUGAAUUUUGUUUUCGACUCUGUCCACAAACAUUCUUGUGAUUGAUCAUACUGCAUAGUAUCGUGCCACUGGAAUUUCUGCGCCUAUUGCAGGCUUCUUUUCGCAGAACUAUUGCCCAAGUCCAUGUGAAAGCAAGGAGGACGACUUAUUUUAUACCAAUUCCGGCAUUCGUCAGAACUGUUUUCCCACCAACUCCUUUAAGCUAUGAUGGCCAUAGGGCUCUUGGAUACGCGCUGGCAACGCACCUCGGUGUUGCAGUAGGUUGUGGUGUCUGCACUGCGGAUCCGAAGCACGCUGACAACAUUGCGACCCUGGUGAGCUCUGUUGCAGAAGUGCAGUCAAUGAAAUUUGCUCUGAGAACUUAUUCCUCCAAGACAUAGAUGGUAACUGGAUUUAGUAGUCGGAGAUUUCCACCUGGUCACGGUAAACAGCGGAAUGCCCGACUUCUAUUUAUAAGAGAGGCACCACCUGGAAGUGUGCCAACGAUCACGCUUGUGCACACUUGCCUGAAAUCGUCUCCAAGCACGUCUCGUAAGAAUCCCCGUAUAGUCGGCCAGCAAAUCAACCCGUCAAGUGCGCCGAUCUGACAUAAAAGCACCGUCAUUCCGGGUGUUUUCUCUCCCGAGCCAUUCCCUGGUAGACGUUGUCGUGGUGUUGGCUGACCGAAGGCGUAAGUUAACCUGGUGAGAGCUGACUUCGGGCUAGUUUCUGGCUAUGCGGUCUGUGGGGCUAACGAGUCAGCCGGCUCGAAUAUGCUAAGAAAUUCGCCAUUAAAGGGGUUCAUUGGGAGGCCGCCACUUGAAGUGUGGAGAUCAUGGAACCGCACAUAGGGGAGAGUUAAUCAUAAAUGCAGGAAAGAAAUAAGGAGACUCGAACAGUUGUAACUUCAAUUACGCCCACGAAAGAGGGUCAGACACGGCUACACCACUGUAAUGUCAUUGAGUAGAGUCCGGAAAAUCAUAUUUUUUCUGCUUCGAAAGUUCUAUCCACGUCUAUCUGUUAGGCGUAUUUUGGGAUAGGGUUCCGAGGCAAAAUGAAUGCUAUGCUUGCGCCUGCCCUGCUUCCAGCUCAUUCCUCUUCCUGUUUGUCCAUUCUCUGGUUCUGUCCUAAUAAACUAUCUUUGGUGAGUUGCUGCAGAAUCCAGCGUCAGAACUCCAGCAACUGACACUGUGGCCAUCGAGAUCUCGUGGCUACUCGUGCCGUUUGCGGCUGUCCCUACCGCCAGUUGCGCGAGCACGAAGUUUGGGAAAAUCAUGAGAAUCUAGGUCACUUACAAGUGGUUCUUAGCGCUUGACUGGAAGCAGCUUUUUCAACAGUUGCUGACAUGUCUUCUUAUUACUGAAGGUCUCAGCGGGGCUGAACAUUUUGUGUACUCUCUCUAUAGAAAGGCGUAAAAUGAGCAAACGUUGGGCACCACGCAACUUCUAGUAAAACUGUCUACAAAAAGAUCUGCUAAUGUCCACCUCCCACUACUAAGGCAAGAUGACCUGGCGUUAGUUUUCGCAUUUCAUGACUAUGGAUUCCCUCGUGGACUCUAGCACCAACGUUGUUCACAAUACCUCAACAGUUCUGGCGUCUGUCAGCAUUCCACCCGCCGAAGUUUACCUAGGUCUCCUGUCAGACCGCCUAUAUAUGGAAUUGAAUUACAGGAGCCUUUCCAAAAGAAUCCAGUUUUAUGUUUGCACUUGGACCUGAUCUUAUCGCUAAGAUGAUAGUCAAGCACCAUUGUACCACUUCCUCAUACUUGAGUGCCGUUGAAUUCUCCUCUCAUCCAUCCACUUCGAUUCGUGAGUAUCUUUCGAUUUUUGACAAGACAUUCCCGUUAUAGUUGGACGGCAAUUCCGACACCUUUCCCGGUAUGUAGCCGACUGAGUAGCCUUUUCAGUAGUAAAAUAAACAAAUGCCCCAUCUCAACUAGCCGAUAUCGAAGGCUGGUACUAGCCAACGCCAAAGCUGCCGUCAUUCGUCUGGUUGAUAAAGGUGUGCUUUGAUGGGACCCCGACGGGUCUUUAAUAAAAAAAUUAUUUAUUUAUCUGAUUGGAGCCCUAUCCUGUGUCAUUUGCUGUGUAGUUCUGUCGACCUCCAUUGGCUGACUGCCUGCUUUCUGGUCUUGUAGUUUUUGUUACAGCGCCAAAGCCCGCCAUCCAGACUGUGUGGUUUGUCAUCCACUCAUUAACCGGCUGGCUUUUGACCUCCCCUUCGGCAAUUACGACCACUCUGUUCUCACUUGUUACCAGACCGGCCUUUUGAUGAACGAAGAGAAUCCACCAAUGGCUCUCCCGAACGGCUACGUUUACAGCGAAAAGGUAACGCGAUUUUUUUGUUCUCCACUCGUCUAACUGGUUUUGUAGUCAGCUUCGGAUGUCCGUCUUUUCUAACCCCUUUCUCAUGUCUUUUAUAGGCAAUCUCUGAACUGGCCACUUCUGAUGGCAUGAUCACUUGCCCAAGGUCUGGCGAAACGUUCCCAGUCUCGUCAGCUCAGCGUGUCUUUAUUUUAUGA